AUGCUUUCAAAAUAUCAGGAUCAAGAAUAAUUAUUUAAUUGGAGAUGCAAUUUAAGUGGAUCUGAAUUUUAUAAUGUUAAUAUUAGUGGGAGAAAUUUAAACGGAUCUCAACUAUUUUAUUGUAGUAGGAAGAACUUGAAAAUACUUGAGCUAAAUUAAUUAGUUGGUCACACUUAUGAUUUCAAGUAAGUUUGUUUAUCUCUUGAUGGAUCUACAUUAGCAUCUAGUAGUUAUGAUUAUUCUAUCUGUUUCUGGGAUAUUAAGACAGGAAAAUAAAUGGAACUAUUGGAUAAUAGUAAAAAAAUAAUCUAACUUAUUUUAAAACAGCACUUUUCCAGGUAUUUAUUUCUUCUAAGUAUUUCGUAACCACUAAUAUUAUAAUUCUCCAUUAUCCAAAUUACUUUUAACUUAAUUAAAAAGUAUUUAGAUUUAUAAAGUCAAUUUGGGAUAUGUAGGGCUAAAGAUUUCAGGACAUUUUUAGUAUGA